CCCUUUCUUCGAAGCAAGUCCUCUUAUAAGAGCUCGACUGUGAACGUCCUUUUCCUUUUUUCUGGAUAUCUUUUGUAAUCUCUACCAUCCUCCAUCACUACAAGCCCUAACUUCGCGAUCGCAGCUUUCUCUCCGGUAAUUACACUUCAAAUCUCGUUUACUUCACCUUUUAUAUCGAUCGGCAGCUCAAGUUUUCUACCUAUCACUGAAUUAGUCUAUGCGAUCAAGUUUGUGAGCUCAAUUGAAGACGGAGUUCAUGGCAGAGACUCGCCGAUACGGACUUGGUACACAGUUAGAUAUUGAGCAAAUAUUGUUGGAAGCACAACAUCGAUGGUUACGUCCUGCAGAAAUAUGUGAAAUUCUACAAAAUUACCAAAAAUUUCACAUUGCUCCUGAACCUCCUCAGCGACCUCCAAACGGGUCGCUCUUUCUUUUUGAUCGGAAGGUACUGAGAUACUUCAGGAAAGAUGGUCAUAACUGGAGGAAGAAGAAGGAUGGGAAGACUGUGAAAGAAGCUCAUGAAAGGCUCAAGGCUGGGAGUAUUGAUGUGUUGCAUUGCUACUAUGCCCAUGGGGAAGACAAUGAAAAUUUUCAAAGGCGUAGCUAUUGGUUGCUUGAAGAGGAGCGUUCAAACAUCGUUCUUGUCCAUUACCGGGAAGUGAAGGGAAGUAGGGCAAACUUUAACAGGGUAAGAGAAUCUGGAGUUGUAAUUCCUGAUCCCCAGGAAAAUGAAGAAACCUUACUCCAGUCAGAGGUGAACAGUUCUUCAUCAUCUCAUUUUCAUCCAUAUCAUCAAGGAACUUCACAGACUACAGAUAGUAGUCUAAAUAGUGCUCAGACUUCAGAAUAUGAAGAUGUUGAGUCUGCAUAUGCAGCUCAAAUUAAUUCUGGAUUUCAAUCUUUUCCUGAAAGGAAAACACCAGCAAUGGAGAAUAUAGGUACAGGUGCCUCUGCCCCUUAUUACCCAGUAACUUUACCAGAUGAUUAUGCAGGAAAUCCAUCUGCAGCUAAUUUUUUCCGAGUUACUGGAGAUGCCAAUAAAAUCAGUAUUGAUUCAACUUCAGCAUUUGGAUCUCAAAGUCAACAUGCUCCCCCAUCAUGGAAAGUUCUUGAAAACAAUCAAUUUCAUCCAUCCACUUCCAGUCACCAAGGAAACAUGGUUGGUUUCAAUUCUGUGGCAGGAAAUGAGUUAAUUGGACAAAGAUUGAAUGAUGGAUCUGUGAAAAAUCAGGGAAUUGGAACUUACUUGCCUGUUCAGCAAGGAUGGCAGACAUCUGAUGUUUCUCUGGAGGUCUCAAAUUGGCCCAUGGAUCUGAGAGUUAAUCACCACUCUACAUAUAGUAUGGACAAGCAUGUCGACUCAUUUGGAUUUUCUGCUUCCCGCGAUGUGGAUCAUUUAGACUCGAGCAAGAUUUACGCACAUAAUAUUCCUCAAAUGCAACUAAGGUCUGUAGAAGGUGGAGAUGCCUUGAAACAAGAACAAGGAAUAUAUACCACAUAUGGAAAAGCUGACUAUUCUUCUUUACGACAACCCCAGUUAGAUGGCCUACAAAAUGAAGGACUUAAGAAGCUGGACAGCUUUGAUAGAUGGAUGAGCAAAGAGUUGGGAGAUGUAAAUGAAUCACAUAUGACAUCUAAUACUGGGGUCUUAUGGGAUGCUGUUGCAGUUGAAGAUGUAGUGGAUGAUUCUAGUAUUGCUUCCCAAGUUCACUUAGACAACUAUGUAUUGAGCCCUUCUAUCUCUCAGGACCAGUUCUUCAGCAUUAGAGAUUUCUCACCCACUUGGGCUUAUGCAGGCUCAAAAAUCAAGGUCCUGAUCAUGGGAAGAUUCUUGAAGAGCUGGCAGGAUCUGCAGAAAUGCAAAUGGUCAUGUAUGUUUGGGGAAAUAGAGGUUCCAGCUCAGGUUCUUCAAGAUGGUGUCCUUUGUUGCAUUACCCCUGUUCAAAAGGCUGGCACGAUUCCUUUCUAUGUAACGUGUUCUAAUAGGUCAGCUUGUAGUGAAGUACGGGAAUUUGAAUACAGAGAUUAUUACAGCCAAGAUGUGGAAAUUCCAGAUGUCAACAGCAAAGAAGUUCUUCACAUGCGUUUUGAAAAACUAUUAUCAAUUGACUCAACUAGUAGCCAAAGCUCUAGUCUCAGUUCUGCAGUUGACUAUUCAUUCUUGAGCAAUAAAAUCAAUUCAUUGAUGAAAGCGAGCAAUGAGUGGGAGCAAUUCUUAAAUAACUCAGAAGAGAUAUCCCCAGAACUGAAAAAUGAGCAGCUGCUGCAGAAAUUCAUGAAGGAAAGAUUACAUGUAUGGCUCUUACAAAAGGUAGCUGAAGGUGGGAAAGGCCCAAGUGUAUGGGAUAGAGAUGGUCAAGGUAUCCUACACUUUGCUGCAGCACUUGGUUACGAUUGGGCAAUAGCACCCACAGUAGAUGCAGGUGUUAGCAUUAACUUCCGUGAUGUAAAUGGUUGGACUGCGUUACAUUGGGCAGCAUAUUGUGGAAGAGAGCGGACCGUGGGAUUGCUCAUCUCUCUAGAUGCAGAUCCUGGAAAAGUGACAGAUCCAACUCCCAUUUACACAGGUGGUAGAACACCAGCUGACUUAGCCUCAAGCAAUGGGCACAAAGGCAUUGCUGGUUACCUUGCAGAAUCCUCAUUAAGCUCCCACCUCUCUCAUCUACAGUUGGAUACAAGAACUGACGCCGGAGAAACAUCAGUUGGCAGCGCUGUACGUCUAGUUUCAGAAAGGACAGCAAUUCCAAUCACAGAUGGGGAUUUCUCUCAGGGAACCGCAAUGAAGGACUCGUUAGAAGCUGUCAGAAACGCCACUCAAGCUGCUGCUCGCAUUCAUCAAGUCUAUAGGGUUCAGUCAUUCCAGAGAAAGCAGAAAGAGUAUGAUAAUGAAGAUUUGGCAAUGUCUGUGGUUUCUGGCAGAAAAAGCAGAUUGGGACAGAAUGAUGAACCGGUUCAAGUUGCAGCUGUAAGAAUACAGAACAAAUUCCGUAGUUGGAAGGGCAGAAGGGAAUACUUAACAAUCAGGCAACAAAUUGUUAAAAUUCAGGCCCAUGUGAGAGGAUACCAAGUCAGGAAGAACUACAGGAAGAUUACUUGGUCUGUUGGCAUAUUAGAGAAGGUAAUUUUACGAUGGAGAAGAAAGGGUAGUGGUUUACGUGGUUUCAAACCAGAAACAAUCAACAAUACCCAUAGUGAUGCUGUUGUUUCCUCAAAGGAGGAUGACUAUGACUUUCUAAAAGAAGGCAGAAAGCAAACGGAAGAACGACUUCAAAAGGCCCUUGCUAGAGUGAAGUCAAUGGUUCAGUAUCCUGAAGCAAGGGAUCAGUAUCGCAGGCUACUGAAUGUUGUCUCUGAGAUGCAGGAAACUAAGGCUGUGUAUGAUAGAGUUCUAAAUAGCACAGAAGAUUCGGGUGAUUUUGAUGAUCUGGUUGAUAUUGAAGCAUUGCUUUAUGACGAUGACGACACCUUCAUGCCUACUACAACAUAUUGAUGAAUGAUUCUUUCUCUCUUGGUCUUCAACCCGGUUUCUAUAUGCAUACACAAUUAUAUCAGUAUAACUAGCAUAUCGAUAUCAUUUGUAAAUGUCUCCUUGAUUUAGAUUCAUUUUCUGACAAUUUCUAGAGGAUGUUUGCUGGUUUUUUCUAACUUAUAUGACACUCUGUUUCCUGUGAUGAACUGUCAUUGAAUAAUAUUAGUACUAGUAAUUAAAUUGUGAAUUUGAUUAUUA